UCCUCCAGCGGCUCUGCUUCCUCUGGCUCUGCUUCCUCCGGCGGCUCUGCUUCCUCUGGUGGCUCUGCUUCCUCCGGCGGCUCUGCUUCCUCUGGUGGCUCUGCUUCCUCCGGUGGCUCUGCUUCCUCUGGUGGCUCUGCUUCCUCCGGUGGUUCUCCUGCUGGCCCUGAGGCCGCCGAGACCCCUUGCGAGACGUUGGUUUCUGAGACUGUUGUCCCCAUUGCUACCAAGACCGGGUCCGUCUCUAGCGGUGCUGCGGCCAUCACCGCUGCCCCUACCGCGGUGCCUUCUAAGGGUCCCAAGGUGGUCACCAUCACCACGACCGUCAUCGUUUCCGCCUGCGACUACUAG